AGCCAUAGAGGACUUGAUUGCUUGUUUUUUGGCUUUCAUCGUUGUCGCGCCGGCCGCCCAACUAUCACGACUCCCCUCCCCCUCCCCCCUCCCCCCUCCCUACCACCCUUCAUAGACACGCAUCAUUUCUUGGGUUCCUCGCUCGGUUUCAUCUUUUCCCCCCCUUUUUCUACAUACUUAUUUCCCCUUAUUUUAUUUUUCCACGAUCUGGACGAUUUGCAUGAGUUACAGCUACAGUACACACGGAACUGGGGUUUUUUGUUUUUUGUUUGGUGUUGACUUGUAUUUCUUUCCGGGUUGGGGUUUUCUUUUUUUCGCACAACAAGGGACGAGGUCAUGUAUAACUCCCUUUGUCUUUGUGGUUUCGGGUCGGUCGGAGUUUUUGUAUUUUCCUACAAUUUCCUUUUUUUUCUUUCAUCUACGAGCAGCACUAUUACCUGGUAUCGGUAUGGGAAGGGGGGUAUGGGAGGGGGGUCGGUCGGCGCAUCACUAUCAUGUCUUUUUUUUCUUCUUUAUUGUCUCUUCAUCACACCAUGUAUUUGUUGGUUUUUUUUGUCGCGCUGGCACAUGGGAGAGGUGUUUCUGGGUCUGGUCUGGUCUCUUUUGUUUAUAUUUUACUUACUUACCUUUUUGCAUUGCGCAGCGCCAGAAGAUUUUUGUUUAUGCGCCGGACUUUUUGUAUGGGGAUGGGGGGAUCGGGGGGGUUUAUAUCGGCGUUUUUUCUUUGUCUUCUUCUUUUCUUUCUAGGAUGGGAUAUGAGAUGGAGGGGCAGAUUGGCAUUGGACGGUGGACGGGGGAGCUGGACGGUGGAAUUUGGGAGGAUGGGAAGGGAUGGGGGAUGGGAAGGAAGAUUGGGGAUUUUGGAGGGGGGAUUUUGGGCGGGG